CUUUGCACUCAGUCUGAAAGUUUCCAACCCCACAGAGACAUCAUGUCUGCUCUGCUCUCUUUUUUGUCAAUUUUAUUAGCCUUAGGAAAAGCAACACUACGUUCAAACGACUUGCCUUUCUCGUUGUACCUAGAUCCGAGUCGACAGGUCAAUCUGGAGUGGGGUUUUGAUAAUCCACAAGGAAUCAUUACAUUCCAACUGACCUUCAACACAACCGGCUGGCUGGGCUUUGGUUUCAGCCCAAACGGAGGAAUGAAUAACGCCGAUAUCGUCAUUGGAGGGCUUAGAUCAAAUGGGAGCUAUUUUCAGGAUUGUUAUGCCACAGGAAACGCCAGGCCUGUAGCAGAUGAUAAACAGAGCUAUGCUCUCCUCUCCAUGACUGAACAAGACGGUCAAACCAGGAUGAAGUUUCAGAGACCUAUGGAUACAUGUGAUGACAAAGACCUUCUCAUCACAGACCAACCCAUUUAUCUGAUAUAUGCCUACGGAGAAACGGAUGAGAUAAAAUACCACGGUGGGCGCCGAGGCCAGAAGCAAGUACAUCUGCUCAAUUAUCUGGUCAGGUCCCUCUCGCCUAACGCCACAUAUCUCAGUGUCAGAGUGGAAAAUAUUACCAUUCCCCCCAAAGACACCUACUAUCACUGCAAAGUUAUGCAGCUUCCCGUCUUGGCCACAAAGCAGCACAUUUAUCAGAUUGAGCCCAUCAUUGAGAACCCCACGGUCGUCCAUCACAUGCUCCUCUAUCGCUGCCCCACUUUUGUGGAGGCACCAUAUGAUAAUGAGUGCUACAUGGGACACAUAGGAGAUGCCUGCUUUGCAGUUAUGGCUUCAUGGGCUGUUGGAGGAGGGUCAUUUGAGCUUCCAGAAAAUACAGGGAUUCCUAUUGGAGGGAAUUACAGGAGUCAUUUCUACAGGCUGGAGAUCCAUUACAAUAACCCACAAAUGAAAUCAGGAAUCACAGACAGCUCAGGACUAAAACUCUACUACACAGACCAACUCCGACAGCAUGAUGUGGGGAUUUUAACCACAGGUGUUCCGCCAAUGUACCCCUUUCAGUACAAAAUCCCUCCUAAAAUCACUCAGUUCCACACUUAUGGAGUUUGUAAUACUAUUAACUUUUCUCAGCUUGUGAAUAAAACACCUGAUCUUCAAGUGUUUGCCGUGCUCCUGCACACCCACUUGGCUGGAAGGAAAAUCAGAGUUGGUCAUUUCAGAAAUCAACAGCAAAUAGACUUUCUGGGUUUGAAUGAAAACUACAACUUUGACCUGCAACAAAUUGUCUCUUUGGGGAGCCUUAAAACAAUCAAACAGAGUGAUGAUAUUGUUGUGGAGUGCACCUACAAUACUGAAAAUCGCAAUCAAUCCACCAAGAUGGGUUUAUCCAGCACUGAUGAGAUGUGCUUGGCCUUCUUGCUUUACUACCCUGCAAUCAACAUCACAUCUUGCAUUAGCCACCCAAAUACAUCGCUUUUACCAUCUUCAUAUGACCUCAUGUCGGGGUUUCAAGGCAACACUGUUGAGAACUUGUUGAAGACCUUACCACAAAUUCAGGUCAUCUCGGAUGUAGAUGGCAAAAUGUUUAUUGAUAAAAACAGUGUUGUCAAGGACUUGAUGAAGACUCCCACCGCUGUUUGUAAGGAUUCAGGAAAUCCAGGCGCUGGAGCGACGAGAUUCCACACGACCUGGAUUAUGAACACAGGAGCAAUUACACUUUUACUAUGCUGGAUCAUUAUAAUGUAACAUAUCUGCACAAACAAUACAUCACUGUGCAAUUUUUACAAAGAAUGUAUUUUUUCUGAACUGACCAACUUGGAAAUAGAAUAUAAAUUUUGUUAGCAAUAAUAGAUAUAUCGAUAAUUUUACUAGGAUUUUAUUAUAGUUUCAGUUGCCUGAUUUUAAAAUGUCUUAAAUAAGAAGCAAUUGUUUUUGUUCUGUUCCUUCUUUCUUUAACACUUGAUUUUCUAGUCCACAUUUUCCAUGAUUGAAUAGCCAAUGCACACCAGCUGUAAUUGAUGUUAUCAAAAUGCAAUUUCUAUGUUUUGCUUAAUUGUAAAUAUUCACAUUUAUUAACGCUGUAAAAUAAUCCAGCAUAAUAAUAUCAAUGGAAAAAAAGCGGUGGCAUCAGUUGCAGUUCCAAAUUUAUCCACGGAGAGGCGCUACAUUUUUUUGUUAUGCUAACUCUAAUCAGAAUUAGACACCAUAACAGCGGCUAGCUCCCCCCGGCUGCUAGUUUCGGCAAUGUUGUUACUAUCAGAAUGAUAUCACAGCGGGAGAGAGGAGAACUCGCUCGGUUUUAUACUGUCACUGAUCCUACAAAGCACCAGAAAGGCUACACUGUAUACAAAGUCACUGCACGAGUAAGUAAAUAUAAGCUUUGACAAAUAGUGAAAAGCUAGCCGUGGCUAGGUAUGUUGCUAGCCAAGCUAAAGGGAUGAAGAUUCAAACACGGUUAGAAUCAGUGAGUAUAUCCUCUGGGCGGUUGUAACUUGCGAGAACACCACAGGUAGAACCUCACCGCCUUGCUAUUGCUUUGAAAAUGUUGAUUUUUAUUUUCUGCGGUGAGUUUUCUGGCUGCUAAUAACAAGAAAAGGCUGAAUAUGCAAUCAUAGAACAAUGUAACGUCAUAUGAAUGGCGAUAGAGACAAAAACAACAAGAAUAACGGAAAUCCACACGUAAUUUCAACAUUAAUUAAGUUUGCGCGUUAUUAUAGAGAUUAUAUAAAGAGGGUAGAUGAUGUAGGGUGGAUAAGAGGUGUAGAACACUGACUUGUAUAUUGUAGCUGCUUCUCUAAUUAUUGUCUCCCUAUGUUAUUAUAAUUUCAUUGUUUAUUUCUUAAUUCAAAUGUUUGCAUAUCAUUUAUUUUUCUUGCACCAAAUAUCGCAGCAGUUUCCUAAUAUUGUGAUUCUCGCACAUAUGGCAAUAAAACCCUUCUGAUUCUGAAACAAUA